CAGGAGCGGACUGACCAUUUGGAAACUCGGGCACUGCCCGAGGGCCCGGGGUCAGUAGGGGGCCCCAUGAGAUGCCCCUGAUACCUUUUCCAUAGGCUUUUUUGAGUUUGGGCAAGGACACAGGGGCCCCAUGAUCCCCCUAUUGCCCGGGGGCCCCAUGAGUUGUCAGUCCGCCCCUGCCCAUGAUCACCUAUUGCCCGGGGGCCCCAUUCAGUCCGCCCCUGUUCAGCCAUAUAUUAGCCAUCAGUUCUGGGAGAUCAGA